UGACUUUAACUCAAACACUAUGCACAUUUUACAAAGUGAAGCUGUGAUAUACUGAUUAUUUAUCUACUAAAAGUUCGGGUCUCCUGCUGAAAAGCAGGAAAUUUAGCUUCCCCCACACCUAUGCAUAAUCACACAUUAUUACUUCAUAAGGUCAGUUUAUUUGCUGUAUCGUAUUAUUCAUUUCAGUUUCCUGUUGGUAUACGCAACAAUAAAAUUACAUUCCCCGUUGGAAAAUACAUGUAAGGUCUGACAAUGGCAGAAAGAAUAAGUCCUUCUCCUACACUUCCUCUCUCUCCUCAGCUUGCUAGAGCAGUUAUGAAUGGUAAACCAGAUCUGAAAAUUGUGUGUGCUAUAGUGAGGACAAGCAGAUGGCAUCAGUUGGGCAUACAACUAGGAGUUGAUGAGGAAAUGCUGCAAGAUAUAGAGACUGACAGAUUAGAGACACAAGAUAAAAGAAGACAGAUGUUUUGUCUCUGGCUUGCCAGCCAACCAGGAGCUAGUCACAAUCAACUGGUUGAGGUACUGAGACUCAAAGUAAUAGGAGAGGACAGAAUGGCUCAGGAAUAUGAAGAAAGAGUGAAAGAGAAAACAAAAACAACAGAAGCUACUCAAAUUGGAGCUGCAGAACAAUCAUCAACUUCAACAGCAUGUGCACCUGCUUGGAGCACAAGCACAGUUAUGUCUUCAAUGGUAGAGAAAGCAUCAGGGGUACUAACACAUCAGGUGUAUCAAUUACAAGAAAAAUACGACGAGCUUCUUCAGGUGAUACAAGAUCUCUCGAAAAAUGCCAACGUUGGAAUAGUCAAGAACCAGCUAAGAAAUGUACUGCAGGAGAGGUGCUUCAAUCAGUCACAUGGAAUUAGCUUUUACAAGAAGCUGAUUGAUAAGAUUACAACCAUGGAUGAAGUAUUUGCCUUUCUCAUUGAGAAUCAUUUCAUUGGUUACUUAAAUUAUAGCCUCCUCAUAAGAUUCUCAAGAAAAGUUAUAUGUGGAGAUAGGUACAAAGAAGCACAAGACGAAGUACUAGAGUAUGAGAAGCACUAUUGUAAGUUCAUUGAAGAGCCUGCCUUUUACCAAUUAAUUGAGGUUUUCGAUGAAAACCCUCAUUUAAACCCAGGCACUGUUGUAGGACUACCAAUUGUCGUUAUUAGUCUUUCACAAAAAUGGAAAACCCGAAACAAAAAAGAUCUAAAUGAAUGGAUACCAUUUCUAAAAGAAAACAAGCACCUACUCCAAAGUAUUGGCUACAAAUGCAUACUAAUUACUUAUGCCAUUUUUCCUGUUCACCUGCUCAAAGUUAUGAGAUUCCUAAGCAAUGAAGAACACAUGAAAAGACUUAAAGUAAAUGGAAUAACAAUCGAAACUCCUUCCUAUACAAUGGAAAUAGCAGAGAGACUGAGAGAAGCAUCAACAGGAGAGUUGAUAGAGGAGGGAGAUGAAUUGCAGUGUCAGUACUUUUUAUUGCUAAAAAAAGUAAAGAGGACUGAACAAGACCAGUUGAGGAUUCAACAAGAGCAGUUGAGGGACAAAGCGUACUACAUUGUACAAAUUGCAAUAACAAAAGCAACAGAGCGUGUGAACCUUUAUAAAAUUAAAGAGUACUACGAAGAAAAGUUUAAAAAUCAAAAUGAGACAAUUUCUAUACAGAGUAAAGCCUAUGAAGAUAAAGUUCAACAGCUUUUAGAAGAAAUUGAUUCACUUAAGUCAGAAAUACAAAUGAAGGAAAGACUAGAGGAUCGUAAGAGAACUUCUGAAAGAGUACUUAGUACAGAAAUUAGAAGAAAAGUAUCAGUAAAAGUCUCAUCAAAAAAACUUGAGGAUUCUCAAAAAUCUUUUCCAAGCACAGACAGUGGCCUCAGUAUUGAUAGUGAAACAUGA